GUACAGGAGAUAAGAAACUUUGUAAACCAGACUUGAACUCCGACCUAUUUUAUGCCCUUCUCGGUGGCCUUGGACAGUUUGGCAUCAUGACAGAGGCACGAAUCAGACUUGGAAAAGCGCCAACAAGAGCAAUAGUAACGAGAUUGAUUUAUAGUAACUUUCCUGAUUUCUCAAAUGACCAAGAGUUUCUUAUUUCAAGCAAUCUUCCAAACUACACCGAAGGUUACAUUAUCGUAAAUAACAUUAUACCCAGUGGUUGGAUAACUUCCAAUUCUUCAGUCACUCUAAAAGAUGUUGAUGCCUUGUUGAAGAAAUAUACUGUCUUAUAUGCCAUUGAAUUUGCCAUGUAUUACGAUGAUCAAACUGUCAACAUUGUUCACCAGAUAUUCCAUAUGUUGGUUGGCAAGUUGAAGUUCAUCCCUAUGUUCAUCUUCACUUCGGAUGUGUCCUACUUCGAUUUCCUUUACAGAGUUGGAGACUUCGAUCGUCCCGACCGGGGAUCACUGCAAGCUCAUCCAUGGCUCGUUCUAUUUAUUCCGGGAUCCCAAAAGAAUAAUUUCAAUAAAUAUGUAUUGGCUGGCUUGCUUCCAACCCUUGGCCAUGCACCUACCAUUCCCCUUUUCUACCCACUAAACGCAACAAAGUA